UAUAUCAAUCAGCUCUUCUAUUUAGCAAAAUCUCAUCCACCUGAAAGCUAAUACCACUUCUUUCCCUUACCAUUUUCUAGCAAAGAUCAAAAUGAACGAUCUGAUGACCAAAUCCUUCACAAGCUACGUAGACUUGAAGAAGGAAGCCAUGAGAGAUUUAGAAGCUGGUCAAGAUCCCAAUUUGGAAAUGUCUAACCAAAUGGAUCGUAACCUCAACACAUUCCUCGAAGAAGCUGAAACGAUCAAACAAGAAAUGAACUCCAUCAAGGAAAUCCUCGAUCGUCUCGAUAAAUUGAACGAAGAGAGUAAAUCCCUUCACAAACCAGAGGCCCUAAAGCUGUUGCGCCACCGUAUCAAUGCCGAUGUAGUAUCAGUUCAGAAAAAGGCGCAGAAAAUCCGGUCCAAAUUGGAGGACAUGGAUCGGGCUAAUGCUGCCAGUAGAAGGCUCUCCGGUUGCAAGGAAGGAACCCCAAUUGAUCGGACCCGUUCUGCUGUUACAAAUGGGCUUAGGAAGAAACUGAAGGAGCUUAUGAUGGAUUUUCAAGGUUUGAGACAGAGGAUGAUGUCAGAGUAUAAAGAUACAAUUGGUCGGAGAUAUUUCACAGUUACCGGCGAAUACCCAGAUGAGGAAGUGAUCGAGAAGAUCAUAUCAAACGGGAAUGGAGCUGGGGGUGAGGACUUUCUUCAAAGAGCCAUUCAGGAGCAUGGAAGAGGGAAGGUUUUGGAAACGGUUGUGGAGAUAAGGGACAGACAUGAUGCAGCGAAGGAGAUAGAGAAGAGUUUGCUUGAACUGCAUCAGGUGUUCUUGGACAUGGCUGUGAUGGUUGAAGUACAGGGAGAGAAAUUUGAUGAGAUAGAGCAUUAUGUGACGAAUGCGGCACAGUAUGUUGGUGAUGCCAGUAAAGAACUUAAGACUGCUAAGAAAUACCAGAAGAGUGGCCGUAAGUGGAUGUGUAUUGGGAUCAUUCUGCUCUUGAUCAUUAUCCUACUUAUCAUAAUCCCCGUAUUCACCAGUUUAAGCCAUUCUUGAAGUAAUUCAAAGCCAAUGUCCCUUUCUUGGGACUAAUUAGUUCUGUUUUUGUUUUGUUUUACUGUAAUUGGGUUCAAUUUGCUGUUUGUUGAUGAAGAUGAUGACGAUGAUGCAUGUUCAUUGAUUCAUUUCUGUAACUGAAAUAUGCAAAUAUAUUUUCUUC